AGUACCGUAUAAUGUGAUACACAUAAUAUUACACAUUGUCGUUUAUACCGUCACCAUGGUAUUUAUGUACUGUAUUGUAUUCGGUAGUUAGACGGGCAGCGUGUUGGUUUACAAAAUACUUAUUUUCUUACUCACAUCAUCCUACAUGUUCAUCCCACAUGAUGCUGGCAGCCACUAGAGGACAUACUUGCAUGUGCUAAAGAUGAAAGUGAAAGAUGGCGGAUUUAGCGUUAGUUGUUAACAGUGUUGGGCAAAUUACUUUUAUAGUUACCAUGUAUUUCCCCCCCCAAAAAAGUAAUUGAAUUAGUAACGGAAUUAAACCUUAAUAAAUAAAAUAACUUACCAGGGAAAGUAAGUAUACCGUAACGUUUUUGAAAAACCUUCAAAUAUCUGGCAUGUGCCGUUGACAGCUUACCGUAUUAAUGUAUAGUAGAACGACCUGCUUGUGUUUUGUGUUGAUGUUAGGAGUUCCGAUGGACAUGAAUGCACCUCGCGUGUGAUUGGUGGAGAAUGAGGAAACAUUGUGUGGGUGUGGAGAGACUUAGAAACGGUGUGCAAGUUGGAGAUGUUGGAACUGAGUGCUGCUGUUGACGUGUUAAGGAGUUGGCAUAUGCCCAGUGAACAAGCAUUAAGGUGUGAGGCUGAGUACGGAGAUGGGAGCCAACACCAGCCAGCUCAGUGACCUGCCUGACAAUCCCAGCCUCAAGGCUUUGGUGGGCACAGAAUCCAUAUCGGAGAAUGACCCCUUCUGGAAUCAGCUCAUCUCUUUCACCGUUAUAAGUCCCACAAGCAGUGCUGACUCCAAGUUGCUGGAAGAGGCUGUUUUGCCGCUGGCCAAACUCCUUAUUGAAAACAAUCCCAGAACUGGGAACUUUGGUGCUCUGGUGAGAAUCUUCCUGGGAAGAACCAAAGAGCUGAAAAUCUCCACAGAAUGCCAAGAUCAGCUGUUCAUUUGGCAGGCCCACAAUGCUCUCUUCAUGAUCCGUUGCUUGCUCAAGGUGUUCAUCCGGGAGAUGAGCGAGGAGGAGCUGCACUUGCAGUUCAGCUACCAGGAGAGGGCGCCAGGCUCCUGUGGAGAAUCGAGCCAUGAGGACCUCCUUGAGGAGCUCUUGUCCAACCUGGUGCACCUGAUUGUUGAAGUACCCUUACUUGAUAUCACGUACAGCAUCCUGUUUGAAGCCGUGACCACCUUGCUGGUAUUCUUCUCCUACCAGCUGUUCUCCAAAGACAUCCUCAGAGAUGGUUUAAUCUACCGGCACGUCAUGAAGGGGCGGUGUUUGUCGCUAACCAGUCGCCUGGUGAAGACACUGCUUUAUAACUUCAUCAGACAAGAAAAAUGUCCGCCUCCGGCAACCCACAUCUUUGAGCCUAAAGCUGAGGGCAGCCUGCUUUAUGGCCUGGCGUCCGGCGUGGCAAGUGGCCUGUGGAGCGUCUUCACGUUAGGUGGAGCUGGCAGCAAGGCGGGAGCAGACCUGGAACACAACCCUUUACCUUUGUCCAAUCAGAGUCUUUUGUUACUACUGGUUCUGGCCAAUCUGACGGAUGGGCCUGACUGGCCCAACCCCUACCGCCAGGCUAUUACUUGCUUCAGAAACACGCAAGACACAUCGUCAAUUCCUGCAGAGCAAACUCACACCUUCCAGAUCAAUUUCAACAGCCUGUACACAGCACUGUGUGAGCAGCAGUGCUCUGACCAGGCUACGCUGCUGCUGUACACUCUGCUCCACCAGAACGCCAACAUGAGGACGUACAUGCUCUCCCGAACUGACAUGGACAAUCUGGUGUUGCCCAUUCUAGAGAUCCUUUACCACGUGGAGGACAGGAACUCCCACCAUGUCUAUAUGGCCCUGAUCAUCCUCCUCAUCCUCACAGAAGACGAUGCCUUCAACCGGUCCAUCCAUGAAGUGAUAUUGAAGAACAUCACGUGGUACACGGAGAGGUCGUUGACCGAGAUCUCGCUUGGCAGCUUGCUCAUCCUGGUUGUGAUCCGCACAAUCCAGUUCAACAUGACCCGCACGAGGGAUAAGUACCUCCACACCAACUGUCUGGCUGCACUUGCAAACAUGUCAGCCCAGUUCCGAUGUCUCCACCAGUACGCUGCCCAGCGCAUCAUCAGUUUAUUUGCUUUGCUUUCCAAGAAGCACAACAAGGUUCUGGAACAGGCAACACAGAGUCUGAGAAGCAGACAGGGAGACAACACGACCUUGCCCGACUAUGCUCAGGACCUGAACGUGAUUGAAGAAGUGAUCCGCAUGAUGCUUGAGAUUAUCAACUCUUGCCUUUGCAACUCACUGCACCACAACCCCAACUUGGUGUACGCAUUACUCUACAAGAGGGAACUCUUCGAACAGUUCAGGAUGCACCCUUCCUUCCAGGACAUCAUGCAGAACCUGGACACGGUAAUUGGCUUCUUCAGCCAGCGUCUGGAGCAAGCAGGAAGUGACCUGUCUGUUGAGAGGGUUCAAGAGGUCAUCAUGAAAGGAGCCCAGGCGUUGCCCAAAGACAGGUUGAAGAAGUUUCCGGAGCUCAAGUUCAAGUAUGUGGAGGAAGACCAGCCCGAGGAUUUCUUCAUACCAUAUGUGUGGUCGCUGGUCUUCAACUCUGGAGUGGGCCUCCACUGGAGCCCGCACGGCAUCGAGCUCUUCAGCAUGGACUCUGGCUGAGCGACGACGAGCGUGUUCGCCCUAGUACAGACUGGCAGUUUGUAUACCUGUGUGUGUGUGUGUGUGUGUGUGUGUGUGUGUGUGUGUGUGUGCGUGCGUGUAAGAGUGUGCCGCUUUAUAUAGGAUGCUGCUUUGGAAGUGCCUCGACCUUGCCUGGAGUGGUGUUGCAGCAUAACCUCUAUUCCCCAAACCAAACCUAUUCCUCUGCUUCUCCAGUGGGAAUCUUCACAAUGGCUAGAGCUGCAUCCCAUCUAGGGGGCGCUAUGGAGUCUGAAGGUGGAUAAUCCUAUUUGUGUUUUUCCUGAAAAAGAGAAAAGGUUCAAACAUAUGCACAGAGGACUCAACACUCAGAGUAACUUAUUUACAGAUGCACUGAAUUCUGACAAAAUAUAGAACUUAUUUCAUGACUAUGCUGUGAAAUACUAACUUUUACUUCUGAUUAGCUGAUAUUUAGCUUUUUAUUUGCGCACACAUUCUUAGGAAGGAUUAUUUGGGCCACACUCAAAAGAAAAUAAUAAAUGACAGAACUAUGAGUAUAGAUUUCAAAUAUUAUGACAUCAUAAUUUUGCAUUAAAAAAAGACAAAAUAUGCCAAUAAAAUCAUAAAUAUGCCUUAAUAAAUGUCUGACAUUAUAUAUAUAUAUAUACUGUAUAACACAGUUGGAAUAUUACAAGAAUGAAAUCAUAAACUUGCGUUGAAAAUAAUUUGGAACAUUACAAGAGCAAGAUUGAAAAAAUUACUACAAUAACAUCAGAAUUUUGCGUUGACAAAAAGUCGGAAUAGAUUGAGAAUAAAGUUUGUAUAUUACAAGAAUAGAAUUGCAAUUUUGCAUUGAUAGUGUGAGAAUAAUACAAGUCAAUCACAAUACAGUCCCAAUAUUGCGAGAAGAAAAUGAUAAUUACGCAUUACCCAUGUAAUACUAAGAGAAAAAAGUUUUUAUUUGAUUAUUUUUUUGAUGCACAGCAUUACUAUUAUGUCACCCGGUGAAGUUCGACUAGUCACAAGCAUAAAAUAUUGAAAAGUUUUAAGUUUAUCCUGGUAUUUUUAUUUUUUCUUGAACUAAAUAUCCAAACUAUAAUUCUCAUAAUAUUAACUUUAAUAAUAAACUUUUUUGUGGUCAUUUUGGAAUCUUUUGGGAGUUUUUUUUGGGGUGUGGCCCUAAUACCCCUUCAAACUAUCGGAACGCAGUUAGGUUGUGAAAAUAAAUGGUUUGUAAUGUUAACAAAAAAAAACAAAAAAAAAGAUACCACCACGUCUGAAUCCAAUAACCUGCGCUAACUAAUGUUUGAUUUCAGUUCCGGUACGGUAGCAUUCCGCCCCACGCGGAUUCACAUGGCCUCAUUUCAUUGAUUCUUACCUUCAUAAUGAAUUUUGUUCCCAACAGACACACAAGGCAACUGCUGUCUCAACCUCCUGUCCUCUUGUGCUGAUUCAGUGUCUUUGUUUGCAUGUUUGACUAGAGAUGAAUUAUUUAUUUUCACUUCAUUUUUUUUUUUAUAUAGGUACGCCCCUUGAAAUGUUGAUAUUGCAGUGAAAGAACAACUUUCGUUCCUCACAUUAUAUUAAUUAUUACUUCUGGUAAACGUAACAUGGCAACAGCUGAAUAUUGCUUUCUUCAUAGGGGUUUAAAUAAAAACAGUAUAUCCGAGCAGCUUUAGUGUCAACUUAUUAUUAAAAUGAAAUGUUGGCAUCAUAGAAGUGUUAAUUAACAGUACAGGCAAUGUGUUAAAAGUCAUACAAGUGUAAAAAAAACAAAAAAGUAAGCACUACUCUUUGUAAAAGGAAACUGUUUGCAGUAAAGCCAAAGAAAACGAAACACAUCCUUUGAUGCUGAUGUGUUACGUGAUUUCACGCGUGACUCUGAAAUGUUGCGCCACUUUAGAGACAUCGAUGUGUAAGGAUGAAAUCAUAAUUAAUUAAUACGAGAAUGAAUAGAUUUUUUCCAGACUAUAUGUUUACGGUCAUAAACGUUUCCCUGCGUGAACAAGUGGACUGCCAAGGCUCGCUUUAGUAACAAAUGAUAAAGUAUAAUAUUUUGAAAUCAUGACACUCUCCAUGGAAUUUUCCUUUACUAUAUUUCGUAAUUUUGCUCCAACAACAGCCUUAGAAAACACCUAGAGUUGCAGUAAAGUCAAAGAAAAAGCAAAAUACGGCCUUUGAUGCUCUCUGAACUGGGGUCUGGCAAGAUUUGCUGAGGUCCCACGCGGUGGCAUGCAUGCAUGUGUCCAAAAUUUCAUACCACUUUAGAGGCAUGGUGAUAAAUUACAAAGAUUAAAUAUUAUGAGAAAAUCGAAAUACGACAAGAAAAACAUCGCCAAUGAGCUCCGAAAGAAGUCGGAAUAUUACAAGAAAAUGGUCAUUUUCCGACAAUCAGGCCUACUACCAAUUUUCUCAAGAAUGCACGUUGAUGUCUGGUACAAUCAUGAAACGUACCCGUGUUAACACGUGGAAUGCCACUUUAGUCACAAGCAAUGAAAUACAAUAUUUUAAAAUUACGACUUUUAUCUUGUAAUUUUCCUUUUUUACCGUUUUAAAAAUAGCUUUUUUGAUUACUUUGUUCUAAUUUUUACACUUCCCGACCAAAAUCUGACUUUAGUUGAAUAGCUUUGACUUUAAGAGCACAGGCAAUGCUUUAACAGUCAUACGAGUGAAGAAGUAAAAAACAUAGCUAUCUGUCGCAAUAAGCUCAGAGACAAAGCAAAAUGCAUCUUUUGAUGCUCUCAAGAUUUACGUACGUCUUGUGUGAUGUCAUGCAAACAUUCUUCUUUUUUAACAGUUACACAAUUGGAUGGAUUUUGUAAAUGCAGUCAAACCAGGGUUCGUGUCUUUCGGGUAAUGCCGAAGAUUUCCACCUGAACGUUUGCAUACAUUUUCCGGCAAGCGCACAUCUGGUAGUGUUAUUGAUACGCCGCCUGAGUCCAACUGUGUUCUUGUGUUUUUAUCUCAAAACGUCCUUGUUAGCGGUCUGUUAGCUUGCUCAUACAGGAAGCGGAAGUCAGCUCCAUCGCCCGCCGAUGAUGUCAUCAGCGGUUGACUCUAGUUCUUUACUAACAGUUAAUUAAGUUUAAAAAAUGUUAACAUAAAACACAUUUUUAUAGUUUUACAUGCAUAAAACAAUUCUAAAUGCAUAUAAAGGAUGAAUAAAAGGGAUAAAUGAACAUUUAAGGUUAUUUUUACUUUCAUUGAAGACGUGAUUGUUGACAAAGGCACGAUGUGGCAGCAAGAUCAACACGGAUACCACCUUCCUGUUUUGCCAUGAAUUAUUUCUUGAAUUCAAUAGUGCCCCUGCUGGAAAAAACGAGUUGUGUUUUCGUGCUGGUAUGGUGGUGGUCCACCAGCUAAACCAUCAUAGCCUAGCACCGACCAGCAUAGACCAGCACAGUUUCUAUGCUGGUCCAUGCUGUUGUUUUCAGGAGGGUCUCAAAAUGCUGGCACGUGCAACUUUAUUUGGCUCCAUGUUGGGUUAUUUUGCAGCUGUGAUCAAAAUAAAAGACCUGAGGUGAGAAACACUACUCAAUUCAAGAAAU